AGGUUCGCUAUCCUCAUUUGGAUGUCAAGUUCUUUUGAAUUGGAAUCGUAAUGUUGUUAUGACAUUGAUAUUACAUAUUCAGAAACAGAACUUCAUAAAAGAUGAAGAUAUCCGGCUGUUUUGUAAAAAUUCAGCAUUUCUGCGCGUAGUUCGUUGUACUUCGUUACAAGAAGAAUUUAACAACAUAUCGACGCAAUUUUUAGAACGAUUACGUAAUGAAGACGAGAAUGACGUCAUGUAUAUAUUAUUUCGAGCUAUUUAUAAAUUCCGUUCAAAUCACCAUAGAUAUCCCGGUUCGUCUGAGGAACACGUCAAGAGUGAUUGUGAAAAACUACAGAGUUACGUUAGCGGUCUCAUGGAACAGUGGGGAUUAAAUGGUGAAAUAAAAGAAGAUUAUGUACAGGAAAUAUGUCGUUUUGGUGGAAGUCAAUUGCAUCCUGUUGCGUCGUUUAUGGGUGGAUCUGCCGCACACGAAGUCAUCAAAAUUAUCACAAAUCAGUAUGUUCCGUUUCAUGAUUAUUUCAUCUUCAACGCGAUGACAGGCUCUUCUGUAACUCUAAAACUUUGAUCGUGUGCUUUUCAAUUCCGUUCAUUUGAACAGGAAUUCCACAAAUUCGAAAACGCCAUGUCAGUCGUAAAAGCGAAAGAUGAGUUCAAUGUUGUGUUUGUCAUGCAUUGACUAAAACUUGUAGCCUUGCAUAUGACUUAAUCAAGUGUGAACAUCUUUCGUUUGCUUUUUUUACCAAGGUCUAUGAGAAAGUUUUUGUACAAUUGAGAAAAUUAAUAGGCAUGAUGUAGAUUGUGAAAAUAAAACCGGACAGUUGAUUUUGUACUAUGCAGCAAACGUCAUUUCCUAGAAUUGAAACGGUCGUUAAAUGGCUUUAUAACUUCGUCAAGAUCUGCUUCUUGACUUUGAUUAAAAAUCGCCAGUGUUUAAGAUUGUGCGCACUUGUUAUAAUGGCCGAGAUCAAAGAGCUUUUAAUGAAAUAAAGAAAUACAAAGUAAAAAUCGCAUUAAAUUAUUUUUUCAACAUUCUUGAUCGUACAUAAUAACUCUUAAUUUUGUUAUAUACAAUCUGAACCUAUAAAUAAUUUCACAAAUUUAAAAUAAAAAUUCCAACUCCUUUGACGA